GGGGUUGAAUAAUAGAGAACCCCACAGUAAGGCAGUUGGGUGAAAAUGGAGCGGGAAAGAGGUGAAAUACUGUACCAAAUUUACCGGGCUUUGACGUACGCUACAUCGCCGAUGAUACGCCUCCACCUACGGUGGCGCAGAUUCCGAGGCCUGGAACACUCUACGCGGUGGCCGGAGCGACUCGGUCGCCCCUCUGCUCCUCGUCCCCCUGGCCCUCUCGUUUGGUUCCACGCUGUUUCUCUAGGCGAAGGAAUGGCUGCAAUUCCAGUUGUCAAAUGCUGUGUAACAAGACGGCCCGACGUUUCUGUUUUGAUGACGUCGACGACAAUGUCCGCAUUGUAAGUCCAAUUUUGAGUUAAUCGAUUUGAUCUUGAAGAAGAUGUUUCGCAGUUUUUAUUGUAGCAGUGUUUCUAGGUAUAGAUGAAUUUGGAGAAGAUGUUUCAUUGAGUGUAAUACUAUGUGAAUCGGAAGUUUCAUGAUAGACUUUGUGGAUGGAAUGCAAUUCAAGUUGAGAGACUACAAAUUGCUCUGGAAUCCCAAAAUGGAAAGAGAUUAGUAGGAUAGAACUAAAGCAAUCUCUGAGUGGGUCUCAUUUGUUUGCACGUUAUUUUUAAUAUUAUCAUUAUUAUCUGUUUCCCCUUGAUGAUUGGGACAUAGAAUGGAUGCAGUGACACGUUCUGAUGACUAAAUCUAAAGUUUUAGAAUCACAGGUCAAUAUCAUCAGAGUUAUCUUAUACUUAUUUUAAUUCUGAAGUCGUGGUCCUGCCUUUUAUUAUUGACUAGGUAAGGAUGCUUUUUGUGAAGGUAAUUGAAGUUUGUUUGUUUACAUGCAAGUAACUUGUAUUUAUAUGAUACACCGUACUGGCACAUAAAAUCUAAACCUAUUAGCUCCAAGUGAAGUCUGGCCCCUGAAAAUGUAUUAAUCAUCUGACUAAUCUUACACAAAUAUCAACUCCAAAUUCGUGGUCCUGCCUUUUGUUGGGGAACAAACGUAAGGAUGUCCAUUUUGGAAGGCAAUUAAGAAUUAUUUUUUCCGUACAUGGUAGAGAUUUUAUUUGUUAUAGCUUAUGGAAUCAAGAUUCUGGGCGAACGGGCAACUGGAGUGAAAUAUGUAGAAGAAGAUAAAUUAGACUUAAUGGAGCUUAUUUCCUUGUGCAUCCAAUUUGUUGUUGGUAAUUUACAGCAUUUAGUGCUGCCUGGUUCCCUAUAAGACACUUGUGGUCCUCUCUUCUCUUGACAGUGAACUGAUGUUGCAUUUUGAAAUUUCAGUGAACUUUGUUGGCACAGCUCCUUGAUAGCCUCGCAAUGUUCAUAAUAUGAUGCUUGGUUGUACGAGCAUUGAUAAAAUAAGAUAUAGCUGAAGAAUAGCCAAUCUACCUGACCCAAUCAGUUGAUUAUCAAAACUACGCUUUGUGAGGAUACCUGAAAACUCUUUUAGUUGUUCUAUGGGCAUUACCUUACAUUGGUCACUUCUCUUUUGAAUUUUGUGAAUGGUUUCUACUCAGAUGAUGUGUGCAUUCAUCUCUCAUUAGUCUACAGCAGUCAGUUUGGAAGAUGUAGUUAAAUACUUAAAUUAUUGUCCUCGGUUAUGUAUCUUCCACAAUGUGUAGCAGUGGUCACAUAAUUCUCUCUCUCUCUCUCUCUCUCUCUCUCUUCCUUCCUUCUCUUAUAUUCCACUUAUCUACAUUUUGAGUCUAGGUCCUGAAGAAAUAGUUCAAGCAGUAAAUGUGUUUAACAUCUGCAAGAGCCUCUCUUGGUAUGAGGUUUCGUAGUUGAUUAACCUAUGAUGCAUGAUGGGCUACACUCUUAACUGAAUGAGGAGGUUGAGUUAAUGUCACUUAUUACCAAAUUUCGGUUGUACUAAAUCAGUAUGGUCAAGCAGCUUCCUGAGGUGUUGUGGUCUCUAAGAAAAUCUGUAGGCACCUUUUAUGGCAUUCUACCAAUAAAACAUUUUAUCUUGGCUUUGUGCUUCUCCACCUAAUAUAUCGACAGAUGUUUAAGUGAAGGUGUGUUUUCCGAAAAGCACAUAGGUUCCAUAUGGCAGUCCUGAGGUGUAACCAUGCGUGCGACAUGAUACUAAAACUAUUUGAAUAUCUUUAUCUUAGCUGUAUUCUGAGCUGUAUUCUGUUGGAUAUAUACACUCGUAAUGGAAAUAUGAUACUGUUAUCCAUUGCGCUAGGCGAACUUCGAAUAUCUCGUAAACUAACCUUUUGAACAAUCUGGCAUUCAACUUUAGAAAAAAAAAACAUGGCGAACUCCACAUUUUGGAGCUCAUUUUAAGCUCGGUAAACAAUCUAAUAAUUGUUUCUAGAUGGUUAAAAAAUAAGCAGGCUGGACAUUUAAGUGUCUACACUUAUUGAAUUGAGACGCCUCUGAGUUGCACGUCACAAGGCAUCUUUGUGGUUAGUGAUUGAGAGGCAUCUUUGUGGUGUUCUUUGCGAGAAGUCGAGGGAAAUUUUAAGAAAAGCUAAAUUUUCUUUUUCUAUGAAGAUGUGAAUCGCAUUUUCACAAUGGGCAGCAUAAGAUCCACCUAAGUUAAGCUUUGGAUUUGGUAUGCCCACCAUAGGGACAUUACUUGAGUGUCCAUCCUCAGAGAGGACCUCCAGGGCCAAAUAUCCUAAAAAGAAUGAACAUCUGUAGACGGGCUCAAAUCCAUCUGGACCUCAUUGCUCUGUUAAUAGAGAAAUGAAGAAUGUCUGCAAUGUCAGAUUUUGAAGGUUUUGUUAUUGUCAUCUUUUAGGGCCUUUACCACUUCCAAUCAGUAGCAAAUGACUAAAGUUAGCUUAGAUAAGCUUCCAGAGCAACGUAAGAAGGUCAUCUGGAAGUUACUUGAUAUGUCUGUGACAUCGAAACAACGUAAAAACACUAGUUUGAGAUUGAUCUUUCAAUUGUUAUGAUGAAUGGCUGAUUGUUUCCGAAAGGAAAAGAUAGAUAGAAUCUCAUACAGAAACAUCUAUGUUACAAUCCUAGGGGUAAUAAGUGUAUCUUUCGAAACAGAUCAAUUUCAGUCCAGAAAGCUCUCAUUCAGUUUCCCUUAUUUUCCCUCUUUGUUUAAUUUCUUUUUUCUUUUUUUUUUCCACUAAAGCAAAACUACACCAAUGUUUUCUUUGCUUUGUUUUCGCAGUGAGGUUGUAAACAGUCGGCUCUCUCCUAAUGUCAUAUAUCAGUUUGCCCCGCUUGAUACACCUGCUGCCGUGAAGGCUUUCCUUGGUUACUGGAAGCCGAAUGUACUUGUACUCCUGGAAAGUGAGCUUUGGCCUAAUUUGAUUAUGGAUGCAGCAAAAAAUGGGAUUACACUGGCAUUGGUAAAUGCACGGAUUUCUGUGAAAUCUUUUCGACGUUGGUCUCUAUCGGCAAUCUGUCCACUGGCUGCAUUACUUCUCUCCAAGUUUUCAUUGAUAGCUCCGUUGAGCAAUAUGCAAGCAAUUCAAUUUCAGCUUCUGCAAGCUCCACCUUCUAUAAUUGGAUUUUCUGGUGACCUCAAAUAUGCUGUAGAUGACUCCAUUCUCUCUGAAGGGGAUGAUAGCUUACGAGAAUUGCAGGAACUGCUUUCUUGUAGAAAGGUGUGGAUGGCUGCUUCCUUGCACAAGGGUGAAGAAAAGAUCAUGCUAAGAGCUCAUGAAGCGCUGAAGGAAGUUUAUCCUGAAAUUCUCACUAUUAUUGUUCCUCGACAUCCUCAGCAUGCACGACAGAUUGCUAUGACAUUGCAAAAGAAAGGAAUCACUGUAGCGCUGCGAUCUCGCUCUGAUACUCUUUCACUAGGAACACAGAUAUACGUGGUGGAUACAUUAGGUGAAUUGAGGAAACUCUAUCGGCUAACUCCAAUAGCGGUGAUUGGAGGUUCUUUCCUACCUGGUUUAUCCGGUCACAAUAUUUCAGAAGCUGCUAUUGUUGGCUGUGCUAUUUUGACAGGUCACUUUUUGGGACACUUUAACCACAUGGUACAAGAAUUGCAGCGUAUAAAUCCCUACUCUGUUCUGCAGGUUUCGGAAUCUCUACUUGUAGAAGCUCUCACUGAACUAUUUUCUGAUGCUAAAAUUCUGGAAUCGCGUCGUGAGGCUGCAAAGCAGGCAUUUAAUGGUCUUUCACAUGGUAUCAUUGAAAAAACUUGGGGUCUGCUACAAUACCAUAUUUUGGACCGCAGUUUAUCAAAUGAAGAUGCAUAAGUUUGCUGAUCAGAUGUGAAUGCAAAGAACCACCUGCAUCCUUUUAUUUCUGGUCCCCAAAUUACCAGCUUCUGGAAAAGUAGCACGAAAUGUCAUCCUGUUGUAAUUCUAUUUGAAGACAUCUCUGGAACGCCCCUGUAUUGACCUGCUGGCUCCUGAUGACGGAUUAACUAGACAAGCAGCCCAUGGAACAUUAGAGGGGAAUAUCAGGUUGUACAGGAACGUGUGAUAGAAUGCUUGCAAUCUUUCUGUUGUCACGGAGGAGACUAGUAUGUCAUGUUUUAACGGGUUCCUAACUGGAGUUUUUUGAUUGCCUUAAUCUUUAGGAUUCAGUGUUCCAAAACAAGGGAUUGUUCCUUUUGACAUUCUCCAGUCUCAUCACUAAGCUUAGGAGCUUGGUUUUCAUUAUAAGGAGCGGACACAAGUGGAUAUCUGAAACGAGCUUUGGGGAGGUUGCGACUUGGAAAUGGCAUUUUUAUCCAAUGUGAUGGCAAUGCCAGACUUACAGAAACUGCUGACACAAUUCGGAACCCAAAGUUACUCUGAUGAUCUCAGUUAGAGAUCAGGUUCAAGGAUACUUUUCUUGUCUGAAAAUGCGGUAAUUCCAUUUUUAAAUUUAGCAAUUGUAGGGUGUGGUCACAAAAUACUGGUGUGUAUUGAUGAUUACUCAAGAGUCAAAGAACAACUAUGUAUAGAGAUCCUCAAGUGAACAACUAGAGUUCAAUUUAUCCGGUAUAGGGUAAAAACUCCUCAAAUGGACUUGGAGAAAUUACAAAAGACCAAAAAAAGAAAAUAUUAGGAUGUAUUAUGUCACAGGUCAAUUUUUCAAAUUCCAGGCCCAACUUUCAUAAUAAACACACUUAAUAGUCAGAAAGCAUAAAAGAGUGAGCUUACAAGCAGGCCCUUUUUGGGAGGAGGGGUCCAAAUAAAACAAAGAAAAGAUACGAUUCGACAUCAUCCAGCUGGGUGGUGGACAAACUGGAAGAAGCUUUUGAACGCCAAUCCCGCCUUCAUUGUCUCUCACCCUUCACUCUAAUUGACAGAAUCACAGUACUAUAAACAUAUCCUAGACGCAAGAAAUAAGUAAAUAAAUAAAGAUUUGAAA